CCUUUACGGCCGCGCGUCUCCCUGGAGACGGGCAGUGAGGUGAGGCCUGCAGGAAAUGAAGGGGAGGAAGAAGGCGGGGACGAGGCAAGAUGGCGGCGUCGAAGAAGAGGCCCCGGCGUGGUGAUGGGGGCCCGGCCGGGGCCAAGAGGCGGAAAAAGGCGGAGAAUGGAAAGGGUUCCGCGCCUCCCGAUAAGCAGCGUCGCCCCGACGGCGGGGCAGCCGGCGGAGAGGAGGAGCACCGAGUCCCGGGGCCCGUCUCCAUGGGCAAAUGGAAGAACAAGGAGCGGGUCCUAGUCUUCUCUUCCAGAGGAAUAAAUUUUAGAACAAGACACCUAAUGCAAGACUUGAGAACACUGAUGCCUCACUCUAAAGCAGAUACCAAAAUGGAUCGCAAAGACAAGCUGUUUGUGAUUAAUGAGGUGUGUGAAAUUAAGAACUGCAAUAAAUGCAUCUAUUUUGAAGCCAAGAAGAAGCAAGAUCUCUAUAUGUGGCUUUCAAAUUCACCGCAAGGGCCGUCAGCCAAGUUCUUGGUUCAAAAUAUUCAUACCCUGGCAGAGCUAAAGAUGACGGGUAACUGUUUGAAAGGCUCCCGGCCCCUCCUGUCCUUCGAUCCAACCUUCGACAAGGAGCCGCAGUACGCCCUGUUAAAAGAACUCUUCAUUCAGAUAUUUUGUACGCCCCAGUAUCACCCCAAAAGUCAACCAUUUGUAGACCACGUGUUCACCUUCACUGUCAUGGACAACAGAAUCUGGUUUCGGAACUAUCAGAUUAUAGAAGAAGAUGCAGCUCUGGUAGAAGUUGGGCCUCGUUUCGUCUUAAAUCUCAUAAAGAUUUUCCAAGGCAGCUUCGGAGGACCCACUCUGUAUGAAAAUCCGAAAUACAAAUCUCCCAACACGCAUCGGCGCAUAGUAAGAUUGGCCACAGCUGCAAAAUUCAGAGAGAAACAGCAAGUGAAAGACGUGCAGAAACUGAAGAGGAGAGAAGAUAAGGUUCUUCUUCCAAAGGAUCCCACUGACGCUGUCUUCGACACCCCGGUAGAGAAGAAACCAGUGGAAAUACAGCUGGUGAAACCAGAACCGAAAGUCGGUUUGAAAAAGAAAAAGAAAAAGCUCCACACGAGGCAGAGGAAGAUGAUGAAACGGAAGGCUUGGAGCGGUGGGAAUGUGGAAUGAAGCUGUGAGAAAACAAGGGUUGAGAAAGUUUUUCUGCUUCCUAUUUAUUCGGCAUAAAUACCAUUGUUUCAGAGGACUCUUGAUACUUAUUGUAAAAAAAAAAUCCAGGGCCAGUGACCUCAAGAGAUUCUGGUCUGUCUUUCGCUAUUUUCUAAAUAAACAGAUCUUGGGAAAUGUAGGAUUUUGCCACAGCUGCGGCUUUCA